CCCCGGUAAUCAUUGUCAUCAUACAAAUGUCAAAAUGUUUCGUUUGUUGGCAACAACAAAAUGUAAGCGACAACAAAUUGCAAUACUAAUUAUAUCAUUUUUCGCGUACGUGGCUGGCAUACGUAAUGAGGGUAACAAUAUGUUGCUGCAACAAACAACAAUUGAAAAUUCCAAUUAUCAAAGGCCAAAUGACGACAGAAAACAACCGACGAUUUCGAAUUUUCGACCAUCACAGCAAAUAAUCGAUUUCACACCAGCAGAUGCUGCAGUACCACAACAAUAUAAGCCCAGCUAUAUAGAACCCCCACAAACUACCGUUAGUAAUAUAGCCAGUUAUAUGAACAACAACAACAACAACAACAAUAAUAAUAAUAACAAUAUUCAACAAAAACAAGAAACACAAAAUGAUAAUAGACGUUAUACGAUAGAAACGGCAGCAACAUAUGGAAAUGUUGGAGAAAAACAAUUUUCAUUUCCUAAUGAGCAACUAAAACAACAACAACACCAACAAUAUAUACCACAACAUCUAACAGACAAGCCUAUUUAUAUCUACAGGGAUCCAUAUACAAAUGAGAAUUAUCAUUAUACACCAACUGAGACCAAUGUAAAGGAUUCAAUAGCAACUACAUAUAAUCAUAACAAUUACAACAACAAUAAUGGUUACAAGCAACAACAAGAUACUCAUCAUUAUCAACAACAUAAUGAUGAUAAUCAGGAAUAUUUAGUUCAAUCAAGCAUGGUAGUAGGCACACAUCAACAACAGCAACAACCCAAUCCCUUUAGACCUUACAUGAGCUUGUCGGAUGAUAAGGAUGUAUAUCUUAAACGUCCUGGUUUGGUUUAUGAUGACAAGCCAAGUUACAGUCAUCCCAACUCUGUGAUUGACAAGAAAGAUGAGGAGGAGCAAACAUUGAAAGCAAAUAAAAUAUCUUAUGAUUCACAUGAUUAUCCGCCACCAAGUUAUUUUCAACAGCAGACUUCUAACUUUUUACCCACACCAGUGCCCAGUACACCUAGGCCAGUGAUACGAGCAACUCCUCCGCCCACACCACCGCCUAGGCAAGAGUUUAGGCCCACAAUACCCACACAGUCAACAAUAUUUAACCAACAACGGCCGCCGCAGCAAUAUUUACAAUCAUCACAAACUACGUUGCCUAAUUAUGCAAACAACAUUUAUAAUUAUUUGUUGAAUAAACAACCAAGCAGCGACUAUUAUCGCACAGAAGUACCUCCACCCUCGUAUUUGCAGCAACAAAAACUACAGCUACAAUAUGAAACCAGGCCACCUUCUUAUGAAUAUGAUAAUAGACCACAAUCUUUACCACCUCCGUACCAGCAACAACAGCAGCAAUAUGCAUCUCGACCCCCUUCUUAUAGCAAUCCAGAAACUUCUUAUCCUCAAUAUGAAACACCACGACCUCCUCCACCUCCUGGUAGGCCUUCAUACAAUAAUUACUAUGACUAUCAAAUAGGUGAGAUACCACCUCCGGGCCAAUCAUCUUUACCACCAUCACAACAGUUUAAUUAUCCCUAUCCCCGACCACCACCCUCACAAUAUCCCUAUCAGGGACCUUACAGACCCCCACCACCUCCCGCUCAACAGCAACAAAGUGGUUUGGCAACUUUAGUACAAUAUGCGCCACAAUUUACUUCAUUACUUUUAAGUGGUGUUGGUGGAGGCGGAGGUUCUAAUUCUAAUAGUCCAUUAGGCAGUCUUAUAGGUGCUCUUACUGGUACUGCAACUACACCACAAACAUCAGCAUCUUCUUCUUCUUACAAUAGAAGACCCGUUAACUCCCAACUCAUUAGGGCCUUAGAGAAUAUAGCACGCAAUGACGAUUUGCAAUGUGUGCCAAAAGUUUUAUGCCAAAUGAUUGCCGCCCAAACACAACGUGGUCAACUGCCCACAUUCAUUACUUCACCCGCCAUUACCAAUUUCCUAGCUGGUUUUCCCGCUGCCUCACCAGCUCUUAUAUAUGGAAGAGCUGCUCUAUUGGGUCUGAGUGGUGGAGAAAAGAGUUGUCAUCAAACUUAUGUGAAAUGUCCCAAAAAUGAGUACGAAAUAAUUUAUUAUCUUAACAAUCAUCGUGGUGGUUUCUUCAAAUUCUUCAGCGAACCGGAUGAACAGCAACAAACUGUAAAUCAUGAUGCCACACAGCAAGGUGCAACAUCCUUGUUUAGUAUUCUAUCAGCUUUAACUGGCACAGCACCAGCAACCACCACAACACCACGGCCAAAGCCAAAACCUCAGGCGCCUUCAACGGAUAUCACUAGUGGCAUAGGAAAUUUCUUUACCCAACUAUUGUCUGACUAUAUGGGUGGUGCAACAGUGGAAUAUCAAAGAAGAUUUAAAAGAUCCUUAGAUGAUAAAAUUAAAUUUGAGGACGAGGUGAGUGAGGAAAAUCACAGAGAUAUGAUAAAAUUCGAGGAUGAGCAAGAUUUUCAUGAUGAAGAGGACAAUGAGGAUACUCAGCAAGGUGUGGGUUUCCACGAUGAUGAUGAUGAGCAGGAUUAUGAUGAUGCAGAAGGUAGAAUAUUGCAUAAAAAUUUACGCAGAAGAAAACGUAUUAAAUUCUUUCCGGAAAUGAGAGAAACUUCAGAUGAAAUUGACAAGGAAGAAGAAUUAAAGAAAAUUAUUAAAAAAUUUAAUGAGUUUAAUAGAAUAAGGAAGCUAAAGUUUCCCACCAGCAGUGAAGAGCAUCAAUAUAUAGAUGUAGGACAUGAAGAAGGUUUAAGAAAAGGUAGAUUUCUACAAGACGUUUUACCCUACCAGCAACAAAAUUAUGGUCAUGACUAUAACAAUUAUGUAGAAAAUUCUUACGAUGAUUUUCAAAAAGAAUCAAAGAAAAUAAAAUUUAUAGAUGAACACGAAGAAGAGGAUAAUGCAGAACAGCCACAAUCUUUAUAUUCCUCUUAUGUGGAAAAACCUAAAGACCUUAAAACAAAAUUGGUAUUUCCGGAACGAGAGGGUAAAAUAUUAAAUCGUCCCUAUUAUGCUGCCUCCUAUUUACAUGAUUAUCUACAAGAACAACACCAGCAGCAGCAGUUGGAACCAGAAACUGAAUUGUUAACGGAUGAGAAAUUUGUUUUAUCCAACAGUCAAAGACCUUUACGCUACACCGAAUUUCCCAACACCUCUUCCGCCAAUAUCUAUAAUACACAUAUAAAUUCUCUGCAGUCACAAACUAGUUUCGCUGCUAAUACGGCUGUCAACAAUAAUAUUUAUGUUGCAUCUUCACCCGCCAUAUCCAGCAGUAGUGGUAGCAAUCACUUUUUGCCCACACCACCUCCAGAUGAUAAUGAUUACACGGCUGCCAAUACCAUUUAUUCCAACAAAGAUUACUCUAGUAACCAAUACAAUUAUAACAGUUUAAAGCAAAGUGGAUUUUAUAAGCCAACAAGAAGAUAUCCUUCUAUUUCCUCUGCCUCAUCAUCAUCAUCAUCCUUACCGUCUUCAAGUAGCAACAGCAAUAAUUUCUAUAAACCACAACGUUAUUAUUCUUCCUCUAAUACCCCCACAAAUUUUAAUCGAUAUCAUUCUUCUUUAUAUACAACCACCAGACGUCCUUAUGUGUCUGUUACCACCACUAGAAAAUCAGAUGAUAAAAAUAUUUAUGUGACAAAUUCACGAGGUGUAACGGAGUAUUAUAUAACGCCAGAUGGUAGAAAAGUUUAUUUAUAG